AUGGCGCCGAUGUUAGUGCCGCUGAAAUGCGGCUUUCGCCUGCAAAGACGAAAACUAGCGCCGCUUCUUCGCCAGAGCGCGUCGUAUCACGGCUGGAGUCGAGGUCCCGGCGAAAGCGGCGGCGGGCCCAAACGUCCGCGCGUCUGUGCGCUGACUCCACAUUUACGAACAGCUACAUGGAGCACAAGCAGAAGUUUAAACAAUCGUCAAAUUUUGGAAGCGGCAAAACAUUUACAGGUAACAGACAAACGAACAUGUUGGCAUGGAAAUGCAGGGGGAGGUCUAAGUGCAGAUCCAAAAAAUGUGCUGAAGGAGGUGAAUUCAGCCAAGAUCCUGUCUGCCAUGCUGUCUUAUGUGUGGCCAAAGGACAGACCAGACCUACGAGCCCGCGUUGCUGUCUCUCUGGGCUUGCUUGCUGGAGCCAAGAUGACCAAUGUGAUAGUGCCCUUCAUGUUUAAGUAUGCAGUGGACGAGCUUAACCAGAUGUCGGGACACAUGCUGAACCUGAAUGACGCGCCAAGCACCGUGGCUACCAUGGCAACGGCCGUGCUGAUUGGCUAUGGUGCAUCUCGGGCUUGUUCGGCCCUCUUUAACGAGCUGAGGAACACUGUGUUCGGCAAGGUGGCCCAGAGCUCCAUCCGACGCAUCGCCAAGAAUGUCUUCCUUCACUUGCACAAUCUGGAUCUAAGUUUUCAUCUCAGCCGCCAGACAGGAGCAUUAUCCAAGGCCAUUGACCGCGGGACGCGGGGUAUCUCCUUUGUCCUCAGUGCCCUUGUCUUCAAUCUAGGACCCACAGUCUUUGAGAUGGGCCUUGUUAGUGCUAUUUUGUAUUACAAGUGCGGAGGGCAGUUUGCAGCAGUGGCCUUGGGUACGCUAUCAGCAUACACGAUUUUCACCAUUCUCAUCACGCAGUGGAGGACCCGCUUCCGAAUCGAAAUGAACAAAGCAGACAAUGAAGCAGGCAACGCAGCUAUUGACUCUCUUCUUAACUAUGAGACUGUUAAGUACUUCAACAAUGAGAAGUAUGAAGCUGAAAGGUAUGAUGGGUUCCUGAAGAUCUAUGAGUCAUCCUCUUUAAAAACUACAUCCACGCUCGCCAUGCUCAACUUUGGCCAGAGUGCCAUUUUCAGUGUCGGCCUCACUGCCAUCAUGUUGCUGGCCAGCAAGGGCAUCGCAGCAGGUACAAUGACUGUGGGAGACCUGGUGAUGGUGAAUGGCCUGCUCUUCCAGCUCUCCCUCCCUCUCAACUUCCUGGGCACAGUAUACAGAGAGACCAGACAAGCCCUGAUAGACAUGAACACGCUCUUCACCCUGCUGAGCGUGGACACCAAGAUCAAGGAGCGGGAUCUCGCGCCGCCAUUAGCCGUCACGCCUCAGGAGGCCACUAUCCGCUUCGAGGAUGUGUACUUUGAAUAUCUGGACGGCCAGAAAGUCCUAAACGGCGUGUCCUUUGAAGUGCCUGCUGGGAAGAAGGUGGCCAUUGUUGGCGGCAGCGGGUCAGGGAAAAGCACCGUCGUGCGUCUGUUGUUCCGCUUCUAUGAGCCUCAGCGGGGGAACAUCUACGUGGCGGGGCAGAAUAUCCGAGACGUCAGCCUCGACAGCCUCAGGAAGGCUUUGGGUGUUGUACCUCAGGAUGCUGUUCUGUUCCACAACACCAUCUUCUACAACCUGCAGUACGGGAACAUCAACGCUUCACCAGAGGAGGUGUACCAAGUGGCGCGUCUAGCAGGCAUCCAUGAUGCUAUCCUCAGGAUGCCCCAUGGCUAUGACACCCAGGUUGGGGAGCGGGGCCUCAAGCUGUCAGGAGGAGAGAAGCAGCGUGUCGCCAUUGCCCGCGCCAUAUUAAAGAAUCCUCCCAUCCUCCUGUACGACGAAGCCACAUCCUCACUCGACUCCAUCACAGAAGAGACCAUCCUGAGUUCAAUGAGGGAUAUGGUGAAGGACAGGACGUCGGUGUUCAUCGCUCACAGGCUGUCCACCAUCGUAGACGCAGACGAGAUUUUAGUGCUCAGCGAGGGGAAAGUGGCAGAGAGAGGCGACCACCACACCCUGCUCAGCACCCCAGGCAGCCUAUAUGGAGACCUGUGGAACACCCAGAACAGCAAAAUCCUGAAUAGCAACAAGAGUGCGCCAGAGCCGGCCGAGCGUCUGUCCCAGAAGGAGGAGGAGAGGAAGAAACUGCAGGAGGAGAUACUCAACAGUGUGAAAGGCUGUGGGAACUGCUCCUGCUGAAAGACGCCAUUUUUACCUUUUAGUCUCUCCUGGUCCCUCGCAGACGGCCUGCACUGGAACCCUACACUGGGGGGGGGGGUGUCGUGCAGCCCCGCUACCCGCUCCCUCUCCAGCCAAGCCUCGCCCGCCUGACCACGUGACCAGUCCUCCUCUUACUCGUGUGAAUUAGGGCCACCGCUCGCCAAAGUGAAGGAGGAGGAACAGCAGAACAGGGAGCAAGUGUGCCGAGCGCUGGCUGGCGUCCAGACGCGGAGCUUCUAUGCCAGUUGCCUCAUCUGAAGCCAAGCAUAAGAGACCUUGUAUAUCACAUACGUGUGUGUAAGAAAUCUGUUAGUCAACAUGGUUGCCCCCCCCCCCUCCCUCCACUCAUCCUCAUUUUUGACAUCAGGUCUGUUGACAUCCUCCAUUGCACUGGGAACAGAUGAGAGUAAUGUAAUGACUCGCUCACGUCUUGAUUUUUGACACCAAAUUCGUACUGAUUUCAUGUUUUAAAUUAUUUUACAAUCUCUACUACCUUUGGUUCAUUUUAAGGGUGUGAUCGUAUUGCAGUUUAUCCUGCCGUUAAGUCAUCACAGUUCUAAUUCAGUCUAACAAAGAUCUUUUUGCGGUGUUUGUUACAGUGAAGCACUUAUUUUAGUGGGAUUCUGUCUGAAUGCGCAAUCGGCUCUUGACACCGGUUUCAGCGCGCGUUCGAACUAUAAAAUCUGUCAGAUAAUCGCGUUUUCAGCAUAAUAUGGAUGUUUAGCCUCACGAACAGCUCCCCAGUCACACAUCCAGUCACAUUCAUGUAGAUAUAACACUGAGAAUGACAAGAAGUAACUCUAAUAAAUCAUGAAUGAUUUUCACCACAAUUGGAGCCACAUUUAGAGGGAACAACUUGAAAGCCUCCUCUGGGAACAUAUCAUUCAGUCAUAUUAUUUAGCGCUGGUUGACGGGCGUCCUCUAAUGAAAAGUCAUUCAUGGGGUUUUAAUAGUGCAACGACAGCUGUUUGGAUUGUGUGAUGAGAAUAUGUGGACUUCCUCCUGAAGGUUACAUGUAAAUGCUGAUGCUUAACGGCAGCACGUAUACGUCCUCAUUUUCUGAGGGCUGUUAUGCUGCCAUAUGCACAUUGCUUUCAGAAGCUUGAUUUUGUAUUGUAUCUAUAAAUGGAAACAAAUAUUUUUUUGGGGUGUCUUGUGCUACACACACAUAAUAGAGAUUGUUGCAUAGUAUUGUGGUCUGAGUUUGAUUACAAUGCAGACAGAUUAAUAAAUGUUUGUCUAAUUAACAAAGUUUCCAGAUGUGUGUUGACUAUGUGUGUUAUAUAGGUGGUUAGAAUAGCCAAAUAACAUUUUGUCCUGUGAUGGGAUGAACUAGCAUCUAUUACAGGUUGGCAUACUAGGACGUGUGUGUGUUUAUUAUUAGUAUUGAUGCCAUACCUGUUUUUUCUCUAUAAAGAAAAUGUGCUGCAGUGGUUGGAUUCCACCCAUGUCGCUCUUCAACUUGUAUUUAAAGGUGACUAGCCUGACUCUGUCCUAAGGUAACACAGUCCAAAUGCCAGGCUUUUCUGAAGCUCGCUAAUUAACAUGUUAGCGUUUGUUUGUUUGAUCUCUACAUAAACCUAAGAAUAGCUGUGACAAUUCAGUUUUAUGUGCCAUACUACUUGUUGGCUCUGAGCAGUUGCCAGGAAACUAGCAGAAUCUCCAAGAAGUUAAUAGUUCUAGUCAAAUAGUCACGCAAAUAACCCCUGUAAAGUGGCGAACUGUAGUUUUUGCACUUUGUUCUUUGAUUAGUUUGGAAUAAACAAACAAGAUUUGACACUACUUUAA